AAAGUUGUAUAAAAGUGUCAAGUCAAUGUCAACGUGAGGUGCCAAGUGUUAAAAUCCUUGUGAAAACAGUUUGGCGAAACAAAUGGCUUGUUUUGUGAGCUGAGUCAUUCUAGCAGACCUACGAUGUGCGCGGCGAUAGACAUGCUAUCAUCAGAACAGCUGUUUUACGGACACAGUCCACCCGCCGGCUUCCUCACUGACUAUACAGUGCGCCGGCCGAACAUAGCGAAGUUCACCACCGUCACUAGAGGAUUCUCAUCGCCAUGUUUACCCACUUCUAAGACGCUCAAGCCGUUACAACUCACUUUGAAGGCAGCCCCGAGAUCGUGCUUAAGAAUGCCCACGGAGAACAAGAAGAAGCGGGUAGUGUUCGCCGAUGAUAGAGGGUACGCUCUAGAACAAGUCAAGUUCAUGACCGAGCCCUCUCAUGUACCACCUUACUGGGCCUUGAAGAUCGUAGCCAGUCCCACGUUAGAGAGAAAACCACCGCCUCAGCCGCCGCAAGACGUGUGGGAGAUCAGAUUCGUCCAGCCAGCAUCAGAUUAUCUCGAGUUCAGACGAAAAAUAAAUGAAGAUUGCGUCACGCUUGAAAACGUCAUUCUCAAACAGAACGAAUGUGCAGUUGACGGGACCGUUAAAGUUAAAAACUUGGAUUUCGCCAAAGAAGUGUUUGUGCGAACGUCAUCCGAUGGCUGGACGACAAGCGAAGACACGUACUGCGCCUUUGUGGAGCCCGGCCCUUUGAAUCAGCAGGGAGUCUCUGCGUACGAUACGUUCGGGUUCAGAAUACAGUUGCCAAUACACUCGCGAAGGCUGGAUUUCUGCGUCGGCUACCGCUGCCAAGGAAAAGAGUAUUGGGACAGCAACAAAGGCCAGAACUACACCAUCGAGAAGUCUUCAGUCCGGAAAACGCCGGCCGUAUCUUGCGCUAGGAUAAAAUACGGGAACUCCUGGUGUGCCCGGGCAGACCUGAAUGGAAACACACCGUACUGGUGAAAGACAUCAGCUUCGCUUGUGGAUUUAGUUGCCUGUCGGCUUUACUGUGAUCUAAGUGCCAUUGAAAUGCCAAGACUGGAUCCGUAGGUAUGUAUGAGUUGACAUGAUUCACGAUCGUGACAGCUGAGGACAGUGCGCUUUGACACUUGAC